CCUGUCCAUCAGUCCGUCGCGUCCGUUUGCAGUGCCAUGCCAUUCCUCGGGCAGGACUGGCGGUCCCCCGGGCAGAGCUGGGUGAAGACAGCCGAUGGCUGGAAGCGCUUCCUGGAUGAGAAGAGUGGCAGCUUCGUGAGCGACCUCAGCAGUUACUGCAACAAGGAAGUAUACAAUAAGGAGAAUCUUUUCAACAGCCUGAACUAUGAUGUUGCGGCCAAGAAGAGAAAGAAGGACAUGCUGAACAGCAAAACCAAAACUCAGUAUUUCCACCAAGAAAAAUGGAUCUAUGUUCACAAAGGAAGUACUAAAGAGCGCCAUGGAUACUGCACUUUGGGGGAAGCUUUCAACAGGCUGGACUUCUCGACUGCCAUUCUAGAUUCCAGAAGAUUCAACUAUGUCGUACGGCUGUUGGAACUGAUAGCGAAGUCACAGCUCACAUCCCUGAGUGGCAUUGCCCAAAAGAACUUCAUGAACAUUUUGGAAAAAGUGGUACUGAAAGUGCUUGAAGACCAGCAAAACAUCAGACUGAUAAGGGAACUCCUCCAGACCCUCUACACGUCCCUGUGCACACUGGUCCAGAGAGUCGGCAAGUCCGUGCUGGUCGGGAACAUUAACAUGUGGGUGUAUCGGAUGGAGACGAUUCUACACUGGCAGCAGCAGCUGAACAACAUCCAGAUCACCAGGCCUGCCUUCAAAGGCCUCACCUUCACCGACCUGCCUCUGUGUUUGCAACUGAACAUCAUGCAAAGGCUAAGUGAUGGCCGGGACCUGGUCAGCCUGGGCCAGGUGGCCCCCGACCUGCACGUGCUCAGCGAGGACCGGCUCCUGUGGAAGAAACUCUGCCAGUACCACUUCUCCGAGCGGCAGAUCCGCAAGCGAUUAAUUUUGUCAGACAAAGGACAGCUGGAUUGGAAGAAGAUGUAUUUUAAACUUGUGCGAUGCUACCCUCGGAAAGAGCAAUAUGGAGACACCCUUCAGCUCUGCAGACACUGCCACAUUCUUUCCUGGAAGGGCACCGAUCACCCCUGCACAGCCAAUAACCCAGAGAGCUGCUCCGUGUCGCUGUCACCCCAGGACUUUAUCAACCUGUUCAAGUUCUGAAUCCCGGCUCAUGACCGCACCGCAGAAGGGUUUCCCUGCUGAUUGGAUGGCUGGGGAUACAGAAUUUGGAUGCUUCAUUUGUAAAUAGCGUACAUUUUAAACAUUGGCUCGAAACUUCUGAGAUAAGUCAUUGAGAGGACACUGGCGGGGAAUUUAAGCGUAUGGACUUCUCGUUAGAA